CUUCGCUCUCCGCCCACUUCCCCAUCACGCGCGAGCGCUGCCAUCCUCUCCUCCUAGCUAGGUCGAUCGACGUCGAGAAUGGCAGAUCGGCAGCAGCAGCACGCGCACGGCGAGGGCCGGACGGCGGCGCAGCGCCUCGGGUACGCGCCCGCGGCGUCGGCGGACUCGCCGUCGACGACGCUGCUCCGGCGGGUGCAGACGCACGCGCCGAACUCCACCCAGGUGGUCGGCUUCCUCACGCUGGCCGUCUCCGGCGCCGUCCUCCUGCUCCUGACCGGGCUCACGCUCACCGGCGCCGUCGUGGCGCUCAUCUUCCUGGGGCCGAUCGCGCUGCUCACCAGCCCCAUCUGGGUGCCCGUCGCCGUCGCGCUCUUCGUGCUCGCCGCGGCCGCGCUCUCCGCCUGCGCCUUCGUCGUCGUCGCCGUCGCCGCCGGCACGUGGAUGUACCGCUACUUCACGGGGAGGCACCCCGUCGGCGCCGACCGGGUGGACUACGCGCGCAGCCGGAUCGCCGACACGGCUAGCCACGUCAAGGACUACGCGCGCGAGUACGGCGGCUACCUGCAUAGCCGGGCCAAGGAUGCCGCGCCCGGCGCGUAAGCCGCCCGCGCGCGCCACAUGUGUGUCGGUGUGUGGCAUGCAGCUUAGAUGUGAUCGUUCUUCUUCGGUGUGUUUGUGUUGUCGAUUUCCUCACUUCUUCUGUAGGCUACUUUAAUUUGGUAUUUUGAUCUUCUUCUUCUCUGGAUCGUACGUCACUCGGGUUGUAUUUAGUUUGGAUCAUAAGACGUCGCACCGGGCUGAAUUGAUCUUCGUCAUUUGGCCUGAUUCGAUCUCGCAAUGGUCGAUCGCAAUUCCUCCCAGCUCGAGGUUACGCUCAA